GAGGUGGGGUUAUUAAAUUGGGUGUGGUCUUGUGUUCAAUAUGGCGGCUGGUGAGUGGUGUCUGAUUGAGAGUGAUCCAGGAGUCUUCACUGAAUUAAUUAGAGGAUUUGGAGUAAGUGGUGUACAGGUUGAAGAAGUUUGGAGCCUUGACAAUGACAUUCUAUUGAACCUCAAACCAGUCCAUGGGUUGAUAUUCCUGUACAAGUGGCGUCCAGAUGACAAUGUUCAGGGGAGUAUUGUUGAAGACAGUCGAAUCAGAGACAUCUUCUUUGCUAGACAGGAGAUCAAGAAUGCUUGUGCUACUCAAGCAGUGCUCAGUGUAUUACUGAAUGUGACUCAUUCCGACGUUGAGUUAGGAUCAGUGCUAACUGAUUUCAAAGAAUUUGCUGCUUCAUUCUCACCAACAGAUCGUGGGCUUAGUCUAACUAAUAGCGACCAAAUAAGGAAAGUACAUAAUAGUUUUGCAAGACAGCAAAUGUUUGAGUUUGACGACUCAUUAUCUAAAGGAGGUGAAGAUGUGUUUCAUUUUGUUGCUUUUGUUCCAAUUAAUGGCCGACUUUAUGAACUGGACGGAUUAAAGACAGGCCCCAUUGAUCAUGGAGCAACUGACAGUACCGACUGGCUAAAUACAGUGAGACCAAUACUGGAGAAAAGAAUGCAAAGUUACAGUGCUGGCGAGAUUCAUUUCAACUUGUUAGCACUUGUAAGUGACAAGAGAGCAGUUUAUAAAAAAGAAAUAGUAAAGUUGGACACUAGGAAAGAAUUGGCUGCUAAAAAGAUCCAAAGUGUUCUUUCCGGAGGUGGUGAGUCGAUGGAAGAUAAUUCAGGUUUACCUGAUGACCCAGAGCAACUUCAAGUGAUCAUUGAAGAGGCCGAGGGAGAAGUGAUUAGACUCAAUGAAUUAAUACGAAUUGAAAAUGACAAAAUGGAGACUUAUAGAUUGGAGAAUAUUCGUAGGCGUCACAACUACCUCCCGUUAAUAAUGGAGCUAUUGAAGACUCUGGCUAAGAAAGGACGAUUAGUGUCACUUUGUGAAGAGGCAAAAAAGAGAAAAAAAUCUCAAACUACUGCUGACAAGGCAAAGGAAGUGAAGUAACGGACACUAAUAAUAAUACUGAUAGUAUACCGAAGAUUUACUAAUAAUAACACUGAUUAUUAUAGUAUACUGAGGAAUACCAAUAGUAUACUGAUUGUUAAUUUAUAUUAUGGAUCUCAGAGUCAGAA